UGAUACGGAACCCAAAUGGGAUGGAAACCUAAUCGGGCUAUAAUGCUUGGCACAAACCCUAAGGGGGUCCUUUUUCCUUUGGUUUCCGAACUACGUUCCUUGACGCCACAGCGGAGCGGGGCGUGCCGAUCUGCAGCCAUGCAGAUCUUCGUGAAGACCCUGACGGGCAAGACUAUCACCCUCGAGGUGGAGUCUUCUGAUACCAUCGACAAUGUGAAGACGAAAAUCCAGGACAAGGAGGGAAUUCCCCCCGACCAGCAGCGGUUGAUCUUCGCCGGAAAGCAGCUCGAGGAUGGACGUACCCUGGCUGACUACAACAUCCAGAAGGAGUCGACCCUGCACCUGGUGCUUCGCCUGCGAGGUGGAGCGAAGAAGAGGAAGAAAAAAACCUACACGAAGCCGAAGAAACUGAAACACAAGAAGAAGAAAGUGAAGCUCGCUGUGUUGCAGUUUUACAAAGUGGAUGACUCCGGUAAGGUGCAGCGGCUGCGGAAGGAGUGCCCUAACCCUGAUUGCGGGGCGGGUACGUUCAUGGCGAACCAUUUCGACCGACACUACUGUGGGAAGUGUGGUCUGACCUACGUGUACCAGAAGGCCGAGGCUUAAGUGGGCCUGGUGGAUACAUCAUAUGUAGAUGCUAAUCAGAGGCACUAUUUCCUUAACGUGCGUUGUGAGUGUUUAGACCGUUUGGAAUGAAGUUUGAUUCUGUCAUUUGAGGGCACCCCAACGCUUGUUAAACCUUCAGUGGUAAUGAUGGAAAUGUUCUGAAAUGUGAGUGUAUGAAUCGUUUUA